AUGGAGGUGAACGAGAUGGCUGAAAAUGGGGCUGAAUUGCUGAAAAUGGAGCUUGAUCUCUGCAAUAGAUCUUUGCAACAAGAAAGACUUCGCUGCGGAUCCGGUGGUGCCUUCGCAGUCGACUUGACGACAUCUCUCUUGGUGAAGCCUGAAAUGGUUCCGUUUCAAACACCCACGGCCUUGAGCGGGUCAGAAAGUGAAGCCCCAAUUUUGAAACCAAGGACCGUCGGGUUGACAAGGAAGAUUGCCAAAUGGAAGUGGCGUGCAAAAGGACCAGAUGAGUGUGAUUAUCUCUUCACUAGGAGUCGUGAUGGCACAUUAAAAAGAUGGGCAUUGGCUGAAGAUGCUGCUGCCUGCUCUGCUACAUUCGAGUCACGUGUGGCUUGGUACACUAACUCUUUUCUUUGA